GUUCCAGGUCUCUCUCUCUCUCUUAGACAUUGACAUCCUUUGCUCCCUCAGCUUGACACAUUUAUUUGUCUGGUUAAAAGGAUGGUCCCUUUCUUCAUGUUCACAAAGGGGUGGUUUCCCCAGGAGAUGGCUGACAUUUAAGGAGACAAUUUCAGGGUGAUUUACUGUCCUGUGUUUUAAGGGAUUGGUCCUUAUUUUACCUUUUGUCCCAUAUUUUUGGGACAGCCUGUGGGAAACUGAUCGCUGGAGUGUCCAGGGUGAGCUUGAGUGAUUCGAGUGGGACUGCAAGUCAGUGAGUCGGCCGGCAGAGAGAUGAUGUGGCUGAACCAGAUAAGUUGAUAUUAGAAGAGGAGGAUUUCCAGACAGAAUUCUCAAACCAAAUGUCAAGAUCUGACAGUCACUCAAUUCAUCACGACCUGAUUAUCAUCAGCCUUUGAAUCUCGAAGGAGAAAUGUUUGUCUGUUCUGUCUGCUUCAAAAGAUUUUUAACAUUAGUGUGACUGGAAAAGCACCGAGACAGACACACCCAAGUGAGAGUGUUCCAGUGCACUGACUGGGAAAAGAGCUUUAACCAGUUCCACAGCCUGAAAAAUAUCACACCAUUCUCAGUGGAGAGAGACAUUUUACAUGUCCUGUGUGAGGACAGGGCUUCAACUGAUCAUCGCACCUAGAGAGACACAAGGGUACGCGCACCAUGGAGAAACCAUGGAAAUGUGGGGACUGUGGGAAAGGAUUCAGAUCCCCAUCUGAGCUGGAAGCUCACCGACGCAGUCAUACUGGGGAGAGGCCAUUCAUCUGCUCUGUGUGUGGGAAGGGAUUCGCUCAUUCAUCCAACCUGCUGACACACCAGCGAGUUCACACUGGGGAGAGACCGUUCACCUGCUGUGUGUGUGGGAAUGGGUUCAGUCAGUUAUCCAGCCUGCAGUCACACCAGCGAAUUCACACUGGGGAGAGGCCAUUUAUCUGUUCUGAAUGUGGGAAGGGAUUCAGUAAUUCAUCCGACCUGCAUAAACACAAGCGAGUUCACACUGGGGAGAGGCCGUUCACCUGCUUUGAAUGUGGGAAGGGAUUUAUUGAUUCAUCCAACCUGCUGCGACACCAGCGAGUUCACACCGGAGAGAGACGGUUCACCUGCUCUGAGUGUGGGAAGGGAUUUAUUGAUUCAUCCACCCUGCUGACACACCAGCGAGUUCACACUGGGGAGACACCAUUCCCCUGUCCCGAGUGUGGGAAGGCAUUCAGUAAUUCAUCCGACCUGCAUAAACACCAGCGAGUUCACACCGGGGAGAGACCGUUCACCUGCUUCGAUUGUGGGAAGGGAUUCAGUCAUUCAUCCAACCUGCAGAAACACAAGCGAGUUCACACUGGGGAGAGGCCGUUCACUUGCUCUGAAUGUGGAAACGGAUUCAGUCGGUUAUCCAGCCUGCAGAUACACCAGCGAAUUCACACUGGGGAGAGGCCAUUCACCUGCUCUCAGUGUGAGAAGGGAUUCAGUAAUUCAUCUGACCUGCAUAAACACCAGCGAGUUCACACUGGGGAGAGGCCAUUCAUCUGCUCUGAGUGUGGGAAAGGAUUCAGUAAUUCAUCUGACCUGCAUAAACACCAGCGACUUCACACUGGGGAAAGGCCGUUCACCUGCUCUGAGUGUGGGAAAGGAUUCAGUAAUUCAUCUGACCUGCAUAAACACCAGCAACUUCACACUGGGGAGAGGCCAUUCAUCUGCUCUGAGUGUGGGAAAGGAUUUAGUAAUUCAUCUGACCUGCAUAAACAUCAGCGACUUCACACUGCCACGAGGCCGUUCACCUGCUCUGAAUGUGGGAAAGGAUUCACUCAGUCACCCCACCUGCUGAGACACCAGCGAGUUCACACCGGGGAGAGGCCGUUCACCUGCUCUGAGUGUGGGAAGGGAUUCACUCAGUCACCCCACCUGUUGAGACACCAGCGAGUUCACAAAUGAUUACAAAGGUUGGACUCUGCUGUGAUUGCUGCUGUUAAUCACAUCCAGGACUGAACCAUGUUCAUUCUGACACUUGGUGAAGUGGGAGGGGCAGAAGGUUUCUUUCUGCUGGACUGGCCAGUCUCAUGACUUUGCUUCCAGUGGCUGAUGCACUUCGAGCCUGGGAGUGCACAUUUCCACUGAAAUGAUCCACAAAAGCUGAUGAAGGACAUUUAUUUUAUCAUGGAUAGUAAAUAGUUAUUAUUCCUACCUCUACAGGUAGAUAAAUGCAGAAAGUGUUGGAAAAACUCAGCAGGUCUGGCAGCAUCUUUGGUGAGGGAAACAGUGUUAACGUUUUGAGUCCAAUAUGACUCUUCCUCAGAAUUUCAGAGAGCGAGAAAUGUGAUGGGUUUGAUGCUGUUGAGAAAGGGGGAGGGUCCAGAAGAAGCAAAAAGAAAGUCAGGGAUUGGUUAGAGGGCAGGCAAGAUUAAAUAACAAAAAUGUCAUGGAACAAAAGACAAAGGGAGUGAUAAUGGUUGUAGUAAAGAAACAAAGCAUUGGCCUAGAGUAAGUGUUAAUGGCAGGUUAAAGGACAGCUCUGUCUGAAAGCAAAAACAUGAAAACAAGAUGUCGACUGACACUUGGCCAAAACAAAAUCAAAACAGAGAACAGAGUUGACAGUCUGAAGUUGUUGAACUCAAUGUUGAGUCCAGAAGGUUGUAAAGUGCCUCAUCGGAGAAUGAGGUGCUGCUCGUUCAGCUUGAGUUGGGCUUCUUGGGAACAAUGUAGCAGGCCGAGGACAGAAAUGUGAGCAUGAGAGCAAGGUGGUGAAUUAUAAUGACAGCAACUGGAAGGUCAGGGUCAUGCUUGUGGACUGAGCGGAGGUGUUCCACAAAGAGGGCAGUGAACAGGGGACAGAUGAAUUAAAGAGAAACCAUUUGGGUCCAGAACAUUGUGCACAUCCUUUUACACUGGUUGUCUUUGAUCCUCAAGUAAUUUUCUGUUUGUCUUUUAACCAUGUUCUGUUUCAUUACAAACUUUCAUCAGUAAAAAUAUUUGAUUUUUCUGGACUUUUCCUGCUUAAAUUUCUGCACUUUAGGGAAAGUGGGUGAGAGGGGUUGGCAGACUCUUUAACAGAAAGUGAGUCAAUAAUAUCUUUCAAAAGAGUAGAUACUUGAAGGAGAAGAAUUUGCAGGACUGUGGGGAAAGAGCAGAGCAGUUGGAUGAAUCAGAGAGUCCUUUCAAAGAGAUGGCAGGGGCAUGAUGGGCAAAUGGACUCCUGCAGCCUGUGAAUCUGAGGCUCCUGCUUUUGUGCAGGUUAAAAGGGACAGAUUUCAUUUCAGCCUCUUCCUUGUAUCUGUAUUUAGAGAUGGGUUUCUGUUCAGCUCUGAGUGACUGAUAUAACAAUGUCUCCACUCCACUGUAUAUUUAAACAUGGAACAAAGCCUUGCAUGGCCAAUUAUAACAGCCUUCCUGUAGUUCUCUCUAGUUGCAGCAAUGGUCCCAUUGUUCUGCUCCAUGGAACAUUGUACGAAAAUGGUUAAAUCCAAUAAAAUUAACCCAGUAACAACAAUGAUCAAUGGUCUAAUGACAACAAGCCUUAGUCGAGAUGUGGUCAUGCUGAUUUAAGGAUUAAAAGUGGGUUUCGAGAACCAUCUUGGGUUUGUGAGUUGGACUCCAGCUGUGGAGGUACUGAGUGACCCGUGGGGCAGGAUUGUGGGAAAUCGCUGUUGGUUCAGGAACCUGAGAAAGAUUCACACUUCUACCUGGGGUUGUCGCCCAAUUGAGGUGAGGAAAGCCGUUCGUGUAUUUCAAA